AUGGAGACCGUUCGGAACAUUCAGAAUCCCAUCCCACCCACGAUGCUUAAGCCAUCUAAGUGGCUAUCGCUAUAUGAAGACUUUGUGACUAAGAAUUCCAGCUCGGUUGGCCAGGUCGAGUCGGCCCUGAGGUCGCUGACCUACAUCAUUCCAGGGCGAUAUCGUGAAUCUGAAGUUGCAUCAGAAUGUGUACACUCGGGCGUGCAACUUCUAUCAUUAUACCAUGAUUCCCUCGUUUCGCGGGUGGUAUCCCGACUCCCCUCCACUGUCCCAAAACCGACACCGACUCCUCAUGCUCGAUACACCAAGUACUGGACCUCGCGUUCCUCGCUCUAUCGUCGUGUAGCUCUCGCGCUCCAGAUGCUGCAAUACACGGAACUUCUGUGGGAAAUGUCAGCCCGGCGGCGCGGCCAAAAAACCCGUUGGCGCAUCAUUGUUUUCAUUGAAUUUGCCAAGGCCAUUUGCCGGCUGCUGCUUCUUCGAUUGACUAAUUCCCGGCCACUGGUGAGCCCACCUUUGCCUGAGCGUGAAGUUGAUCCAAGGACGACGGAAGAAGACGACCAGGGCGACUGGAAUGGCAUGGAUACGCCUGUCAGUGACCGAUCCUCGGAUCUAAGCUGGACGAUGCCUCGUACAGGGUUGUCCCUUCCAUCACUUCCGGAUGUUAACGAUGUGUCCAACUAUCUCAUCUCGAAAGUACUCACUGCAGAUGACAUCAAACCUGCUAAAACUUUAUUGCAUCGGGUCACUGGUCAAGGUCAGCUAGCGGAGAUCCUCUAUAUCCUUCGACCUGUUGUUUAUGCCUUGGCGAUGCAGCGGUGGAGCGGGGACAAGCGGAGCUGGCGCCCUUGGCUAAUUGGAUUUGGAAUGGAAUACGGAUGUCGUCAGCUUGCCAAACGGGAUUUCCGUGAGCGUGUUGCUGGUGGGCUCCGGGGACUUACAGGUCUCGAGCGAGAGGAGUUGAGAAAGCGGGGAUGGUCGAUGGGCUGGUGGAUGAUGCGAGGCGCAUUUUAUGAGAACGUCACCAAAUCAUGGCUGCACAGUCUAACCAACAAGAUGAAGGGGAAACCGCUGCUUGACUUGGUUGGCAGUGUGGUGGAGGACUAUGAAUACCUGUGGGACAACUACUACUUCUCCACUGCCACCUUAUGA